AUGUUACAAUUCUCUUUAUCUGAAGCACCAAAUACUGAAAAAUUACGACAAAGAUUAACAACACCAAUAAGUGCAAUCAUUUCACCAGCAGAAAAUACAAAUAUUCCAACGAUUGAUUUGACUUAUGAACAAAUUCCUCGUUGCCGCAAAUGCAAUGGCUAUAUUUCGAAUUUUUGCAAAAGAGAUGAAUCAUCAUGGACAUGUGCACUCUGUGGAACUAAGAAUAACGAAAAAAUUGAAGACUUCCUUCCACAUUCUGAAGAUAUCGAAGUUAAAGUCGAUGAACAUGUCGGAAUUCCGAUUGUUUGUUUAUACUUAGAUCUUGGUUUCCAUGAUGUUGAUCUUAAAGUCAUGAGAUCAGGAAUUAUCGCUUUCUUAAAGGCUUUCAAAGAUACAAACUUCAUAAUCAUCUUCGGCGUUCAAGUUACUGAGCUCUCGAUUCUUUGUCCUCACAUUUCUUACUACAAAAAAGGUGAUUUUGGACCAAUCUGUACUUACAAAGAAGGAGACAAAGUUGUUGAUGCACCAGCACCAUUAGUAAACUUCCAAUCAUUCCCAGAAGAUAUUACUCCAUUCAUUUUCCACUCAUCCCAAGUAAAUUCAAUAAUUUCAUCGAUUGAAAAGCUUUCUACAUGUCCACGCCCACAUUUCUCACAAUUGGCAUCAUGUGCUUACAAACUUUCCGAAUAUUUACCAUACAAUCCAAUACAUUUUAUUGGAAUUACGCCAGAAACAACUUAUCUCGACAGUGCCUUCAAAGAUAUCUACAUGUCAUUGAUAACAAUCGAUAUUCUUACACCUAUAUUCAAUCAGGACAGUGUUUCUUCUGCAAAACAAUUACCAGGAAGGUUAUUAUUCUUUAAUGCUGAUACUUUCCUCAGUAUGCUUGCAUUUGCUACACGCGAAAGGCCUUCUUUCCAACUACUUAUGGGAUCCAGAAUAAGCAGCGGCAAGGCAGAGUGGAAAUUGAACCCUUUCCCAUUCCAAUUCGAAAAUCGCGGAGUAUUUAAUGCCCAUUCCAUCAGUUUAAGGAGACAGCCAUUCGUAUUAGACAUCCAUCCAAACGGUGGCGAUGAAAUUGUCCUACAAGUAACCGCAAAAUUCAUAACAUACAAAGAGAAAUCCCAAAAUUACCAAGCGGUUCUCAAAAUUUUCAAUAGAAAAGUGAAGUUAUCGUCAGACAUACCGACCAUUUUGUCGUCUGUUGACACAAAUGCGUUAUUAUGGUUAUGGAUAACGAGGACAUUAUCAAAUCCAUCGCAUGAUGUCAUUGCUGCUUUGUUUAGAGUUAUUGCAAAUUAUAUUGGGUCAUUACCUGAUGAUUCGCCAGCAAUUCCACUUCUUACGUCUACAUGCUGUUCAUUGAAGUACUACGGACUGUCCAGUGAACAGCCUCACCUUAAAUUAAUUAGCCAAAUGACACUUUGUUCGUUACCUCCACGAAUGAUAUCGAUGGCACCUGAUGUAAGAGGCGAACAGAACGCAAAGGUAUGUACAACUAUAUCAGGAGUCUACGCAGAUAACCCUCAAGACGAAAAAGCAGCCCAAGAAGCAAUUAAACUUGGAUUUACCGCUUCAAUUGUGUCUCCUAUUCCUGAAUGGUGUUUGCAAACCGAUCAGAAGAGUCUUGACUUCCUUGAAUCGUUAAUUCCAGACAAAUAA